UAACCAAAAUAAACUAAACUAAAAGAGGAAUAGGAAUAGAGAAAGUGACCCAAAGUCUCCUUUUCUCUCGCUCAAGAAAAAAGAUCUUGAACUGGUUGGUGCUGCUCUCAGAUUUUACUGCAACUUCGUGCAUUUUUCCGGUACAUAUUUCUCUUGUCUUGUAUGUGUUUAAUUAAUGGAUUUUCGUUUCCUUGAAUUGGGUUUCACUCUUUCGAAUCGGGUUUUCUUCGAACAUUUUUCUAUUUCUCAAAUUUCUGUGUCUCAUCUUCUUGUGGCUUUGUUAUUGUCGUAAGGUCAGGUCACCUACUUCGAAUUCUUUUGCUGUCUUCUUGGCCCUUUGUUUGGUUGGUCAGGAAUUUUUUUUUAAUAGAAGUGAAAUUCUUCAGCUUUGUUCUAUGGUCCUCGUGGCCAAUUAGGGGAAACGGCAUUUAUGAUCAUGAGUACUGUAUGUUGCGAUAGUUAUGUUUGGUGUCUUGUUCUACAAAUGCUACUGUUAUCUCUUCAAUUUAUAGUAGUUUUUAUUGAUGGGAUUCUUGAGUUUGUUUUUAAACGCAGGUAUCCAUUGAAUGGGCACAUUUGGUUAAGAUUUUGUUUUUUUUAUCUCACACAAAUGUCUAGCCACAGCAGAAGUCAAAGUGAAAGCGCUUUCGAUGUUGAAGAACUAUUAGAGAUUGGAGCAAGAUGUAGAGAGCUAAGAAAGGAGAAAGACAUGUUGAAAGAGUCGCAAUCACAAAGCUUUGAAUUAAUCAGGCUACUAGAAAAUCAUGUGACAUCAUUAUCGACAGGCCGUACAGAGGACAAGAAGCAUAUUGAAACUUUAGAGAAAGAGCUCAUGAACUGCUCUCAAGAAAUUGAUUACCUACAAGAUCAUCUAAAUGCUAGAAACACUGAGGUAGAUUGUCUAGAAGAGCAUAUACGCUACCUUGAAUUGAAAUUAGCAGACAUGGAGACUUUACAGAAGAUAGUCGAGAGGUUAAGAGAGGAACUGAAGAAGUCCAGUUCAGAGUGCUUGUUCUUGAUUCAGGAGCUAGAAAACAAAGAAGUGGAAUUACAUAAUUCAUCUUUGUGCAUAGAAAAUCUACGGGAGUCGGUUUCAUCUAUAACAUUAGACUCCCAAUGUGAAAUAGAGAGCAUGAAGCUAGAUAUUGUGGCCUUGGAGCAGAAUUACUUUGAAGCUGAGAAAGUACGGAAAGAAGCUCUCCAAGAAAAAGCUAGAACAACUCAGUUGAUCCGAGAGCUUGAGGGUCAAUUUCAAGAUGCUCAGAAAGUUAUUGAACACCUAGAAUGGGAAAAUGAAGAGCUACGGGAAAAGCUCAAGACAUCAGAUACAAAUUUUAGGACAUUUUCGCAAAAGCUUGAAAAGCGGUUUGCAAAGGAUGCUUCACAACUCAAUGUAAAACCAUUGUUUGAUGAACUAGAGAGCAAAUUCACUUUGUCAGAAGAAAUGAGCACUUGUGAAGAAAUCAUAAGCUCACUGGUUUCAAAGUUUGAAAUGCUUUUGGGGCCAAACGAAGAUAUUAUGGACAAAAUGCAAACAAUGGCAAAGCAAAUUGAAGAAUAUGAGCUUAUGGUCGAGCAACUAAAGGAAGAGCUGAGAGAAGAAAAGUUGAAAGCAAAAGAUGAAGCAGAGGAUUUAGCUCAAGAAAUGGCUGAACUUAGGUACCAUAUUACCGGCUUGUUAGAAGAAGAGCGUGAACGCCGUGCUUGCAUUGAACAGGCAUCUCUACAUAGAAUUGCUGAAUUAGAGGCACAGGUACACUGGUACAGGUUAAAAAAGUACAAGGAAGAACCUUGGAUGCAAUCAAGCAUCUUGAUGGAGCAUAGGAUAGGAGUGUGGUGAUAUUUCAAUGCGAGUAAAGUUUCAUGCCAAAUGUGAAGAAAUCAAUUGAUAAAUUUUGGAGAACCUAUUCGAGUUGGUAUUUGUGAAGGUUUUUUGGAUUAUGCAUUAUAAAUUGCCAUAGUCGCCUUGUACAUUCCAUGGGAUAGAAGCUAAUUUGCUGGAAUUAUAGCUCAGGGUUGGAGUAUCCAUGAGGGAAAGCUGACUGCUAGACAAUGGAAUAUGCAGCAACAUACUGCAGAAUGAAGGGGCUGUGAUACUGGUUUUUAUAGCUUUAAGGUUCUUUUUCUCUCUGAUUAAAUGUGUUGAUUGAGCAAUUGAGUCGAUUUUUGAACAUUCACUUUUGAAGCAACGCUCUGCCCUCUCAAGGUUGGGUCAAGUAGUUGGAUGGAUGAGUGUGUGUGAGGGUGCCCUAGGUUCAUGUCCAAAGUGUAUCUUAUUUUGUAGGAAACAUAUAAAAUAAAGAAAUUAUCUCGAGCAAGGGGUUGUGUGCGUUAAAUAUAUUUGUUAAUUUGUGUAUGUAUUGGAACAUGGUUAUAAAAUUAUAUUUGCCUCCAUUUUUUAGUCAUACAUGAUGUAGAAUAAAGUUAAUGAAAUAAUUUUUGAGUACAA